GCAGAGCUUCAUUCAGCCUUCCUGCUGGACUACAAAGCAGCUCACUCUCAACGGCUUUCCUCGGGGAGAUCAGCUGAAAACGGGCCUCCUUUAUCUGCAUGCAGAGAAAAGCUACAGCCACAAAUUCACGACUUGACUUCCUAAAUUCCACACUGGGGAUCCUUUCAGGACGAACGAGGAGACCUCUGCGCUGCAAACACACGUCUGUGUGCAUGCGGGAUCACCCUGUACCCGUCCUUUCAGCUGCUCUUCUAUAGAUCCUUUUAUUGACUGAAACUGCCUCAGUAAACAUGCCAUAAACUGUUUAACUAGGUUAACUUGAGUAUCUGUUGCUGCCCUUUUGAGGGGAAAAAAGUGUGUGUGUGUGUGUGUGUGUAUAAUUUAAUUUUUUUUUAAGUGCAGAGGUCAUAUUGUUGUAUCAAUUGAUGGUUUUGUGAAACGCCAGGCCAAUGCGCACCGCGUGCGUGGAUCAGUCGUGCCGCGCGCUCGUUAACAUUCUAUCCGGAGAGCGCGCGGUGCGGCGCCUGCGCGGCCUUUUCACCGUGUUCAGUCCUCUGAAGCGAGCUGAAGAGAGGAAGCCCAGCUCUCUGAAAUGGUUGGAGUAGAGCGGAACAGGACCGAGGCUCAGAGGAGCAUCAUGAAAGACAGCGAGCUUAAACGAGACUCCGGCAUCCCUGAGCGCGUGACGCUCAAGAAGGAGAUUGGACUUCUGAGCGCCUGCGCGAUCAUCAUUGGUAACAUUAUUGGCUCAGGGAUCUUCAUCUCUCCUAAGGGUGUUCUGGAGCAUUCGGGUUCGGUUGGCCUGGCGCUGGUGGUGUGGGUGUUAGGAGGAGGCGUAGCUGCUCUGGGCUCCCUUUGCUAUGCUGAACUAGGGGUCACCAUCCCUAAAUCUGGGGGAGACUAUUCCUAUGUCACAGAGAUCUUUGGCGGUCUCAUGGGGUUUCUGCUGUUAUGGAGUGCAGUAUUGAUCAUGUAUCCCACCACACUGGCAGUCAUCGCUCUCACGUUCUCCAACUACGUGCUUCAGCCUGUUUUCCCAUACUGCAUUCCUCCAUACAUAGCCACACGCAUGCUGUCCACUAUCUGCAUACUGUUUUUGACAUGGGUGAACUGCUACAGUGUGCGUUUGGCCACACGGAUCCAGGACGCCUUUACCAUGGGGAAGCUUCUGGCUCUGGGGCUCAUCAUUACUGUCGGUUUAGUGCAGAUCUUUGGAGGUAACUAUGAGAGCCUGACUCCACAGGUGGCGUUCAUGUUUAAUAAAGCUCCCUCCAUUGGGCAGAUUGCUCUGGCAUUUCUUCAUGCCUCCUUUGCCUUCAGCGGCUGGAACUUCCUCAACUACGUCACGGAGGAAGUGGUGAAUCCGAGGAGGGAGAGUAAAGCAGUACGGGUUAUGACAGUGAUUCUUUGUUAUGCAUUUACUGUUUGCGUGUGUAUUUGUUUGACUACAUACAGGUUGUGUUUCUCCGGGGCACGGGAGGGACAUUUACCCAGCCUUCUUGCUAUGAUCCACUUUAAGCAGUGCACGCCGAUUCCAGCUCUGCUCGUCUGUUGCACUGCCACAAUUGUGAUCUUGUGCAUUGGAGAAACUCACAACCUUAUAAACUAUGUCUCUUUCAUCAACUACCUCUCUUACGGAGUCACUAUUGCUGGCCUGCUCUACUACAGAUGGAAGAAGCCAAACUUAUACAGGCCCAUCAAGGUGAGUCUCCUAGUGCCGGUGUGUUACCUGCUCUUCUGGGCUCUACUGCUGGGCUUCAGUUUGCACUCGGAGCCGCUGGUGUGUGGAGUGGGGCUGGUCAUUAUGCUCACUGGAGUGCCUGUCUAUUUCCUGGGAGUUUACUGGAAAGACAAGCCAAAAUGUAUAUAUGACUUCACUGAGUGGGCUACAUAUCUGGGACAAAGAGUGUUUUUUGUUGUUUACCCACAAAUCGAUCCUAUUGAAGCGGCAGAAUGGACUGACAAAUCUUCCUUCACAAGCAAAGCUUCUGGACCUCUCUGAAUUUUGCAUUACUUUAAUUUGGCAGCUCUUUACUUAAAAUCCACAAUUCCCAGGCUUGUAGUAGUAGUAGUAAAAAAGAAAUGAAACAAUAACUGCCUCAUUUGUUUAAAUGGGGACUAUGCUUGAGUGGGUUUAAAUGGUACUGUUUCAGCUAUUAUGGAUUGUGUACUGCACUGGGUAUUGCUCACUUUUUGGUUAGGUGUGUUAUUUCUACUGCAGAAAACUGUUUUAAAACCCUAUAAUUUACUACUGGGGUUCAUUUGCAAAUGGCCUGUGUUGAUACAUGUACAGAAUCGUUCCUCUCUUUUGUAUGAUACUUCACCUGUGAUGCCUUUCCAACCACAUAACAAUUUAUACAGGCACUGCACGCCUCACUGGUGUAAAUACAUUUAAAGUGUUUCUAACAAUGCUCACUCUCCACAGUUUUGGUCUUUAUUAGUCUGAAAAUAUAUCGUUA